GUAACAUAAACAUUACGCAAUAAUCAAACAGAAAUUAAACAAAGAAGGAAGAGGAAAAAGAAGAAGAAUCGAAGCAAUAACCAUGGCAGGUAGAUUGACAAACGUAGCAUCACAAAUCUUAGGCGGAAACGGCGUCGUUCACCGAUCUGUAGCUUCAUCUCUCCGCCUUCGCUCCGGCAUGGGUCUCCCCGUCGGCAAACACUACGUCCCUAACAAACCCCUUCCGAUGAAUGAAGAACUUACAUGGGACAAUGGUACUCCAUUUCCUGAACCUUGUAUAGAUCGCAUUGCUGAUACUGUUGGAAAGUAUGAAGCAUUGGCGUGGCUUUGUGGAGGAUUGAGCUGUUUUGCGGGUUUGGGAUUAUUGGCUGUGUGGAAUGAUAAAGCUUCCAAGACACCAUUUGCACCCAAAGUUUAUCCAUAUGACAAUCUGCGAGUGGAGCUUGGUGGUGAACCAUAAGUAGAUCUAAGGCAAUAAUGGGAUUUGAACUUGUUUUAUAUCUUGUUCUUUUCCGUUCAUUUGUACUUUUGUGUUGUUUGAAAUAAUAGAUUGUGAAAGACUUGCUGAAACCAAGUACAGGAAUCGAAGAGCCGAAUCUGGUUUAUUUCUUUUUUUCAUCAUUCUCAUGCUUCUGGUGGCUAUAGUGAGUUGGACUUGGCCAUUAUUCUGUUCAAUUUAUCUAAUCUUUAUGGAA